GAAGAAUGCACUGGUACGACCCCUAUGCUUGGCCGGCCAAUCAACAGCUCAGUCUGCUCGCACUCAUCCAUCUAAGCGCCCUCGUCCAUGAGCUCCCCGCGCCUGCCCACGGUAGGUGAAGCUGUCUGAUUGGAUCGUCAGCCAUUUUCCCCCCUCGAAUGCCGCUGUGGUGGGCAGCCUCGACAAGCUGCAAAAGCAUGGGGGAGGCGGCUGCGGGUCGUUCGUUGCGCGGCCCUUCAAAAGCUGCCUCGGGUUGACCUCUUCCCCGUUCCUAUUCCUCUUUUUUGUCUGUUCGUGAGGCUGUAGCUUGUUACUUUCCCUUAGUAUUGUCAAAUACAUUCUUCUUCUUCAUCUUCUUCAAAAACUACAGUGAUACCCAGGACCUGUCACCAAAGUGAGUCCCUUGUGAUAUCAACGCGGGGAAACUUAAGAAGAGAAAGCGCAUCAUCAUACCCUCAGUGUAUUCGUGAGUUCUACAGCAUGUCUGGCUAUUAUCCUCCCCCUCCCGGAUCGGCCGGUGCUGGAGCACAGAAGAGCUACCCGCCUCCACCGAUGUCAGCUCCCCCGACUCAGACCAAGUUCUCCUACCCAGCUCCCCCAAGCAGCUCUCAGGGUAGAAACUACCCUCCUCCUCCUCAAGCUGCUGCCACACCACCCCCUGCUGCCUCUUCACCCCAGCAGUACCCUCCUCCUCCCCAGCAGCCACAAUUCUCACCACCACCCCAAGCCCCCUCGCCGGCGCAACACGCUGCGCUGCCCACACACGCACGCAGUCAAUCACAGACAUCCCAGCAGCAGCAGCAGCCACAACAGUUCGCACCGCCUCCUUCAUAUCCCACAGAAGACAAGGAUGCCUCUUAUCCAGCCGACAAGCAGCAACAGCAACAGCAACAGCAACCCGUAACCAUGGAUCCCUCCUCAAUAGCCAGCACCCUGCUCGGCGCCCCAGCCGCUGGCCAGUUCGUCGGUGCUACCUCCACAGUAGUAGACGACGUGGGCACCUUCAACGGUGGCUCCUACCGCAUCAGCCACCGCGACUGCAAUACCGUCCUCACAAUCCAGCUUGCCAUUGGCUGCCCCUUUGAGGCGAGACCCGGAGCCAUGAUUGCCAUGUCCCCGUCUAUCCAGCUCAAAGGCUCCUACAAGUUCAGCAUGAAGAAGCUGGUGGCAGGCGGCGAGAUGAGCCAGUCACACUACACCGGUCCCGGAGAGCUGUUGCUCGCGCCGCCGAUGCUGGGCGACAUCACGAGCUUGAGGCUGACCGGGAACGAGUCGUGGUCGGUGAGCCACGAUGGGUAUCUCGCCAGCACGCAGCAUGUGAUCAAGGACUACAAGAGGCAGGGGCUGGGGAAGGCCAUGUUUAGCGGGGAGGGGCUCUGGGUGUACAAGAUUAGCGGGACGGGCCUGUUGUGGCUGACGAGCUUUGGUGCCAUUAUCAGGAAAGACCUGGCCGAAGGCGAGAAAUACAUUGUGGACAACGGCCACUUGGUCGCCUGGAACGUCAAGUACAUCAUGGAGCGGGUCACCUCGGGAGGCAUCAUUUCGGGCUUUGCGUCUGGUGAAGGUCUCGUCUGCAAGUUCACCGGCCCAGGGACGGUGUUUAUUCAGACCAGAAACGCGAGAUCAUUCAGUGCUUACAUGACUGGACAACAGAACGGCCAUGCUUAGGGGGGGAGGUCUGAGUUUGUCUUGGGAAGACGGGGAGGAAGAGGUUAUACCAUGAGAGGAUGUACUCAUUCUGAAUUUUGAGUUGAUAACUUUUGGUUUGGUUCGGGUUGA